AAAAAAAAAAAAAAAAAAAAAAAAAAAAAAACCAAACCAACAUAGAAAAUCCAAAGUCGAGGCAUUCGAGUCUCACAAUUUGAUGCCCCAAACAUUUCCCAUUUACGCUCUUCUUAUCAUAUAACUCUUCACCCAGAAAAUUCUUCGGAUUUAAAAGAUCAAACCACCAAAGAAAAAGGAAAACCAAACCAAAAAAAAAUGCAAGCCUUGAAGAAAGUCCAUCUUCUUCAUCUUGUCCUACUCACACUCAACUUCUUCCCAAAAUCUUUAGCCAAACAAAACCCAAAAAGCUUUUGUGGCAAAAUUACAAUUCAAAAACCAUUUUUUCUUCAAAAUUCAACAGAAUCAUCCCUACUAAGCCACAUGGUAGUUUGCAAGUCUCAAAAACUAUACUUUAGGACCUCCCUUGGCCUAUUCCAAAUCUCCUCCAUUGAUUAUACCACUAAACUACUAACCAUCUCUCACUCUUCAUGUUCUUCUUCAUCCAAUUAUGUCUCUCCUGCGCUUCUCUCCGCGGGCUUUCCUUCUCCUCCAAAUCCAAAUUCACUUGCUCUCUUCGAUUGCUCAUCAAAAAAUCACAUGUUCAAAGCUAAAUUUAACUGUACUGGCCUACAUGGAGGCAAAGCAGCCUUGAAUCUUUGCGAACAAAAAGUUGAUAAAUCAUAUUCGUGCUUAUUUGUGAAUGAUACUGAAAAACUGGACAAGGGUUUUCAUCCAAAUGAUUUGAAUUGCUCGCGGUAUAGUAGAGUUUAUAGAAGAAAUUCAUCGGUUGAUGACAACUUGGAAGGAUAUGAGUUGGGAACAAGGAUUUCUUUCGAUAUUCCUAACCAUGUACCCAAUAUCUGCGACGAGUGUAACAAGCCCCAUGGCAAUUGUGGGAUUGGAUUGAAGUGCAUUUGCCACCCAAAAGACUGUAAAGAUAAAGUCAUAUCCAAGAGUGUUACAGUGGACCCUUUUGGUAAUAUUCUCUUCUCUUUGCUUUCCUCCAUUGUUGUGAUAGUUCUCUUCAAAGCUUCUUGAAGCAAUUGGCUUUGAACUUUCAUAUGAAAAAAAUGUCACUUUAAUAUUAGGAAUUAUGAAGAAAAUAUUAUGAAAUGCAUCAUGAAGGUUUUUUAUCCUUUGAUCAGUGUGUAGUAUUUUAUUGUAUCUAACAAUAAAAAAUCUUUCAUAAUCAUUUUCAUAAUAUUUUUUUCAUGAUCCCUAACAUCACUAUCUUCCCAAUUCCCAUUCAUGGAGGAACACAAGCUUUUAACUUUUAGCAUGGGUGAUCCUUUGUAUUUUCUUUGUGGUUGUAUUUUCAAGGAUACUAUAAAUUGUAUGGCACAUAAUUUUGUGACUUUAACGUUUCUGUUGUUUUUCGA